CCAGUGAGGCUGUCCAGCAGCCUGACACACAGCAUCUCCCGAGGCCCCGAUGAACCUCCCCUGCUUGCGGAAACCAUCCCAGAGAACCUCAAGAGGGUUGUCUCCCAUUACGGUGACCAUCCUGCAGUGAUUGCGAGGACGGCGGCCAACAAUGACAACAGGACCAGCGCGACCUUGACAACAAGAGAGACGUCUCUCAGCUAUGCGGCGCUGGACGCAGACUCGAGCGCCCUCGCCGUGUCCCUGCAAGCACUUGGGGUGAAGAAGGGCGACAGGGUGGCCGUCAGCCUGGGGAACACGAUCGAGCACGCGACGCUGAGCUAUGCCAUCUUCAAGCUGGGAGCCGUUCUGGUGCCCCUGAACCCGUCCUUCAACGCGUCCCAGGUCGGCGCCGCCCUCUCGCACCUGGGCGUCCAAGUCUUGGUCAUCGGUGCCGUCUCGGACCGGGCGUACAGGCCGUGCCAGGGGCGGGACAACCUUGCGCUGCUGCAGGCCUUGGUGCCAGACCUGGCGUCGGGUACAGUCGAGAGCCCCCAGGUGCCGACGCUGCGGAGGAUCGUGGUGCUGGACAAUACGGAUGGCCAUGCGGCCUCGGUCUUGAGGGUCCAGGAACACGCCUCGCUGACGCCUUACUCGGCGCUGGUGGGCGGUUCGUCUUCUUCCUCCUUGGGCUCAGCCAGCCGGCCAGUCGUGGCCGUCGUCCCGGAUGCGCCGCUCCACCCAGACGAUACCGUCAACAUCCAGUUCACGUCCGGCACGACCUCGCAUCCCAAGGCGGCCAUGCUCACCCACACCAAUAUUCUGAACAAUGGCUACCUGAUCGGCAGGCGCAUGGGUCUGGUCCCUGGUGACCGCAUCGUCUGUCCGCCCCCGCUGUUCCACUGUUUCGGCAGCGUCCUCGGCUUCAUGGCCACGGCGACCUCUGGCGCGGCCAUCCUGUUCCCCUCGCCUGCGUUUGACCCCGUGGCCAGCCUGCGCAUGGCCCUGGACCACCGCGCCACGGGCCUGUACGGGGUGGCCACAAUGUUUGUGUCCAUGCUGGAGCUGCUCGAGGACCACCACCACGCCGGUGUGUUCACGGCAGACGAGGCGCGGCAGCUUCCCCAACAUCUAAGCAAGGGUAUUGCCGGCGGAUCAUCGAUGCCUGAGUCACUCAUGCGCAGAUUGUACGGAAAGCUGGGCCUCGAGGAGCUCGUCAUUUGUUAUGGUAUGACGGAGACGAGCCCCGUGUCGUGCAUGACCGCGCCGACAGACCCGCUGCACAAGAGGACAGGCAGCGUGGGCAAGGUGAUGCCACACACGACGGUCAAGAUCGUGGACCCGGGCGACAGGCGCAGGGUGAUGCCCAUCGGGCAGCGCGGGGAGCUGGCGGCGAGCGGGUACCUCGUCAUGCAGGGCUACUGGGCUGCCGAGGACAAGACAGAGGAAGAGAAGGAGGAGGAGGAGAAGGAUGGGCAACGACGAGGUCGGUGGUGGCUGUAUAGCGGGGAUGAGGCCAGCAUGUCAGAAGAUGGCUAUGUCAGCAUCACGGGCCGCCUGAAAGACUUGAUCAUCCGGGGCGGCGAGAACAUCCACCCGCUCGAGAUUGAGAACGUUCUCUUCCAACACCCGCUCAUUGCAGAAGCCUCCGUGGUCGGCGUUCCCGAUGCCAAGCUGGGCGAGACCGUGUGUGCUUUCAUUAUCCCGCAUGCAGGUGUGGUCACGAAAGAGGAGGACGACGAGGACGAGGACGGCGAGGGCGAGGAGAACAGCCAGCCCGGCCCACCACCACCACCACCACCGCCGCUCACCACCACCACCACCACCCUGUGCAAGGAACAAGUACGUUCUUGGGUGCGCUCUCAGCUGAGCGGGCACUUGGUGCCACGGUACAUUUUCUGGAUCGACGAGUAUCCCAAAACCGCGAGCGGUAAGAUCCAAAAGUUCAAGCUGCGCGGUGCCGCCAUAGAUAUGAUUCAG